AUCGUCAUGGCUCUCCGGACUCUCUCCGCCAAAAGCGCGGCUGCGCUGGACCAAGAGCUCAUGUCCUCAGGCGCGUUCUCUAUCGAUCAGUUGAUGGAACUUGCUGGACUCUCGGUAUCGCAAGCAGUCUUCAAACUCCAGCCCCUCAGCAAAGGCAAACGCAUCCUCGUAGCAUGUGGUCCUGGUAACAACGGCGGCGAUGGCCUAGUCGCAGCUCGUCACCUGUUCCAUUACGGCUACCAGCCUACUAUCUACUACCCCAAGCAGAGCAAGAAUGAGUUGUAUCAGCGCCUCAAGAAACAACUCGAAGACCUUAAAGUGCCCUUCACAGAAGACUUCACCAGCGCGCUGAAACAGACUGACCACAUUGUCGACGCAAUAUUUGGCUUCAGUUUCUCGGGCGAAGUGCGUGAACCUUUUCCCAAAGUCAUUGAAGCUCUAGCAUCCACGUCCGUUCCUGUCCUUGCUGUCGAUGCACCGUCAUCGUGGGACAUUGAAGAAGGCCCAAGAGAUUCCGGGCCAGGCAAGGGCUUCAUGCCACCCGCUCUCAUUAGUUUGACUGCACCCAAACCGCUGGUCAAGAAGUUUACCGGCAGGCAUUUUCUUGGCGGGAGGUUCUUGAGCCCGGAGAUGGCGGACAAGUACAAUCUUGAUAUCCCAGCGUGUUUUGCCGAACGAGAACAAACCACACAACUCAAAAUGGUCCCGAGAGCGCCCUCAAGAGAGGCGUUGACCCUGCUCAAGCAUUCAGUCCGACCCUCAGUAGUCGUUCGAUCGCAAACACAACGCUGCCUCCUCUCGUCCACCACACGUCCAACCCUGCCAUCGCACGCGCAGCCCCAAAUUCCUCAACAGUCGAUUCGAAACACAGCGACUUUUACACAUUCCCACCAUGCCGAAGCCGUCUCCGUCAUCCCCACGACAGUCGAUACGAGCAAUGCAGACUUCAAAGAGAACAAGCGCCAGAUGGACGAGGCAACCGAGAAUCUAGUCAACCUGCAUACCAAGAUCGCACAAGGCGGACCCCAAAAGGCCCGGGACAAGCACAUACAGCGAGGCAAGAUGUUGGUCAGAGACAGGAUAUCUGCUCUGAUUGACCCGGGCACGCCGUUCCUCGAAUUGAGCCAGAUGGCAGGUUACGACAUGUACGGCGAAGACGAUGUGCCAGCCGGCGGCAUCGUCACGGGCAUUGGCACAGUCAACGGCGUGCAGUGCAUGGUUGUUGCAAAUGACGCUACGGUCAAGGGAGGCACGUACUACCCAGUCACAGUGAAGAAGCAUCUGCGAGCCCAGACGAUCGCGCAAGAGAACAGGUUACCUUGCAUUUACCUCGUCGACUCUGGCGGCGCGAACUUGCCUAACCAAGCAGACGUCUUUCCUGAUGUCAACCACUUUGGUCGCAUCUUCUACAACCAGGCGCGCAUGUCUGCCAUGGGCAUCCCGCAGAUUAGUGUUGUCAUGGGACCAUGUACCGCAGGUGGUGCGUAUGUGCCUAGUAUGAGCGACGAGAACAUCAUUGUAGAGAAUCAGGGUCACAUUUUCCUUGCAGGUCCCCCGCUGGUCAAAGCAGCGACUGGUGAAGUGGUCUCAGCAGAGGAUCUGGGUGGAGGCAAGCUUCACAGUGAGGUCUCUGGUGUUACCGACUAUCUCGCUGUUGAUGACGCGCACGCGCUUGUCCUGGCGCGGAGGAGCGUUGGUAACCUCAACUGGCACCGCAACCAGACUAUCACUCAGCAGCCUACAUUCCAAGAGCCCCUCUACGACCCUCAGGAGCUGUCUGGUAUCGUCGGUACCAACCUACGCCGUCAGAUUCCCAUCCACGAGAUCAUCGCCCGUAUUGUGGACGGCUCGUCUUUCGAUGAGUUCAAGCCGUUGUACGGCUCCACGCUUGUGACGGGGUUUGCAAAGAUAUACGGUCACCCAGUGGGCAUUGUAGCCAACAACGGUAUUCUCUUCAGCGAGAGUUCGCUCAAGGGCGCGCACUUUGUCCAGUUGUGCGGCAAGCGACAUAUCCCCCUCAUCUUCCUGCAGAACAUUUCCGGCUUCAUGGUCGGCCAGGACGCCGAGAAAGGCGGCAUUGCAAAGAACGGCGCAAAGCUUGUAACGGCUGUGAGCUGUGUUGAUGUACCCAAGUUUACUGUCGUUGUAGGAUCUAGUGCUGGCGCUGGAAACUACGGCAUGUGCGGCCGCGCGUACUCGCCACGUCUCCUCUUCACCUGGCCCAACGCAAAGACCUCGGUCAUGGGCGCGGAACAGCUGUCGUCCGUCAUGGAAGCCGUUGGCAAGAAAGUGGAUCCUGCGCUAAAGGCACGGAUCGAGCACGAGAGCGAAGCGACAUUCGGGUCGGCAAGGUUAUGGGACGAUGGGAUCAUUCCACCGGAACAUACACGCAGGGUGCUUGGCAUGGGUUUGCAGAUGGCGUGUGGUGGGCAAAACAAGGGCGUGGAGAAGGAGAGCACUUGGGGUGUAUUUAGGAUGUAA